AUGGGAAAAAUAGCACGACCGUAUGGCUAUGUUGACCCCAACUUUCCAAACCCCGGCGGCGAAAGGGACACCCCGGUGAUCAUUUAUGGCUACACGCCUUCCAUCGCCCUAGCUGCCUUCGCAGCCGCGUGGUUUUUUCUUCACUUCGUCUACCACACGGCACAAACGAUCAAGAACCGCAGCUGGUGGUGGAUGACCUUUUCCGCUGGUCUGAUUUUCGAGGUGAUAGGGUACAUUGCACGAUCACUCUCGGCCAAAAAGGAUCCUUAUCACCUCAUCUACUUCAUCCUCAACUACUUUUUCAUCGUUGUGGCGCCUGUGUUGCUUGCCGCUGGCAUCUACACCAUUCUAUCGGCACUGAUCCCACGAGUAGGGAGCCGGUAUUCAUUCUUACCGCCGAAAGUCAUCCUGGCCUUCUUCAUUACUUCGGAUGUCAUCUCGACAAUCGUCCAAGUUGCCGGUGCGUGUCUCAUUGGCGUUAAAGAGUCCCGUCGGCAAGACCCCACAACGGCGAACAACAUCCUCCUGGGCGGCCUCGCGUACCAGGUCUUUGUCAUGACUAUCUUCGUCAUCUUGGCGGCGAGUUUCCAGUUCCGAGCUCGACAUGCUAUCAGAGCAAACGAGCUUGGCCUCUUCUGCUUUGCGUUUUCCAUUUCGACCCUCAUGGUGUAUCUGAGAACUAUCUUCCGUCUUGCGGAAACUGCCCAAGGUCUUAUGGGAGAGCUGCAGACCAAUGAGGUCUAUUUCGCAUGCCUUGAAUUUGCGCCUAUUGCGCUAGUGGUUCUUCUCUUUGCCAUCUGGUAUCCUGGCCGCUGCGUAGGCGCAGCGGUACGGGUUAAUGAUAAGCCAUAG